UCUCUCUCUCACUAUGCCUUCCUUGAGAAGUUAAGCGCCUUCUUCAUCUUCUAUGCCUUCCUUGAGAAGCUAAGCGCCUUCUUCAUCUUCACAGAGAAAGACUGAAAGAGAAAGAGAAGCUCUCAAGGCCUCAGUCAUCUUCUCUUCUCUAGAACACAUAAAAAUGCAAGCAUCUACCUUACCUGAUGCAGGCCUUGAUAAAGAGAAAAAGGACUUGACAUAUUUGCUUGAUGUGUUUAGCUCUAGUUGUUCUCUUGAGGACAUUGCCUCUGCUUAUGUCAAGGCUAGGCACAAUGUAAAAAUGGCUGGUGAAAUUCUUUGCACGUCAAAUUUAUGUUCCUCAGAUGGUGCUAGUGCAUCAAAGGCUAUAUUUGAGGGUGCAAGUGAUACAUUCUCAGAUGGCCUGUCACCUCAAGUGCAGUGUACAAGCGUAGUUCCUGCAGCACUGUCAUCUGUCAGCAUUCUUCAAAAGACCUCUAAUGGAGUUGGCAAUACCAGAGCAUCAAAGUCAAAAAGACCUCCUCUAUCAGUGGGUACCGUUUCUGGUGUGAUAGGCAAAGACUACAGUAGGCAGAAGACAUCAACAAAUGAAUCUGCUGAAAUGCAGAAACCAUUAAAAUUAGAAUUGAAAGAAAUGCCUUUCUCUGAUUUAUCUAGUGAAGAAGUCCAAUCAAGCAUGACAGCUAACAACAGUAAGAUGCACGCCGAUAUUGAAGAAUUUCUGUUUGAAAUGCUUGGAGAUGGCUUUAAACUUAAUAUGAAUGUGAUCAAAGAAGUUCUCAGCUUUUGUGGAUAUGAUAGGGAAAAGAGCAUGGAGAAACUUCGUUUUAUGUCAGCAUCAACCUUGGAAAAUUCUGAUGAUCUUGUUAGUUUAGAAAGUUCAAAGUCUACAGAGAAGUGUUCAGAUCAACAUUCUGCUCAUAGUAAUGGAUCUAGAAAUGCAAGAAAUCCAAUAGAAGGUGGGUCUACUGACUCUGCUCUUGAGAAAGAGUUAUUUGAAGCAUUGUUUGGUGUUCCUGAAAGAUUGGAAGAAGCACCUAAAGUAAAUCUCCCAUCAAGGGGACUGAAGAGAAAUGGAUGUAGGGGAUUUCAUGGUAAUUUGGUGGUUGAACCUUUUAGAGACACAAUUAUAGGAAACAAAAUUGCGACAGUGGUACGACGAGAAGUCACCAGGGCAGAAUCUGAGGAUGUUGAGAAUAGCUAUGAGGUUCUACGUAAUUCUGUGAAGGAAUAUUGGAUUACAAUGAAGGAGUAUUACAAAACUGCUUUAGAAGCAUUUUCUGACGGUGAUCAUGUACAUGCAGAUAAAUUUUUCGAGAAGGGCCAUUUCUUUUGCAGAAAGGCACGGGAAGCAGAUGACAAAUCCACUGAAAAACUUCUUCAGACUAGAGAUGAUGAUGAUUCUGUGUCUCUUGACUUGCAUGAUCAUGAACCCAAGGAAGCUAUACGUACUCUAAGGCUUGAAUUAACCUAUCUCUCUGGCAUGCCAGCUUUCAAGUACCUUAGGAUCAUAGUGGGAAGCAAUGAUGAAGAUACCACUCGAGGAGCGCGGAGAAGACUGAUUAUAAAGCAACUGGAGAAGGAAUCGAUCAAAUGGACUGAGGAGGAGAAUGGGCAGAUAAUAUUGAUCCGACUCGAUGUGAUUGACCCGAAACGCUUGAGCUUCUCAAAAAAAUCGAAUGAAAGAAUCCAGAGCUCACCUUCAUUUGGGCUGUGAAAGGAACUUUCUCUUUGUGGGAAGUUGAUAUAGAAUCCUUGGCAGGUGAAAAAGAAAUCCUAGCUUUUGCAGAGCUGGAAACGGCUUAUGUUUGCACUUGAAUGACUUGUCAGCUUGAACAUACUAUAGCUACUUUGGUACUACUAAGAGAGAGAUUUCAGAAUAGUCAAUUUUCUAGUUGUGUUGAAUUGCUGAUAUUUACAGUGUGACAUAUCCUUUCAGAUCCCAUGAGCUCAAGUUAAACUUUA